GCGCGGCGGGCGCUGGCAGGGCUGCGGCAUGGAGCGGAGCCGGAGCCCGCCCCGGUACGGGUCGAUGGAGCCCACCCGGUGGCCGCCAGAGGAUGAGAUUGUCUCUAUGGCCGACUCAACCACCACCAUUGAUGACAUCGAAGGGGAGCUCUUCAAAAUAGAGAGGAUCAGGGAGAUCCUGGUGAGGAGGGAGUCAGAGCUGCGAUACAUGAUGGAUGACAUUCAGCUUUGUAAGGAAAUCAGCCGGCUGAAAAAGGAACUCCAACAACUCAUUGUGCUUCCAGAGAAUGAAAAGUCCAACGAGGAGAAGCAGAAGGAAGAGGAGCUGGUGCAGCAGAUACACAAACUGGUGGAAACACGGGAUUUCCUGGUGGAUGAUGUGGAGUUUGAAAGGCUCAGGGAAAGGGAAGAAGACAAGGAAAUGGCAGAGUUCUUGCAAAGUAAGCUCUCCAAAAGCUACCUCCAGAAAACAACUCCUGCCAAAGAGAAGAAGAUGACUUCCCGGGGGCAGCAAACCUCCACACCAUAUGUGACCAAGACGGGCCUCACCCUGCUCAAGGAGUGCUGCGGCUUCACCUGCUCCAUCAUGUAGACCACCCUCAGCUCCUCUGCACAGGACAGGACCAUGGUCUCCAGCCAGAGUCCACAACCUGCUCUCCUCUGAGGGUUUCAGCUUCUUGUCAUUGUUCAUGCUUCCCCCUGCAGCACCACCACCAAAGGGACUUCCCAAGCAGGCUGGUGCAAGCUUGAAUGAUGGCAUGUGUCCUUGGUGCCAUGGCAGUGGUUGUCCCCUCCAUGACUUCAUACAAACACCGAAUUCCACCCCAGCUCAGCUUGGAAGAGGUGUGUGCAGCAGCAGCAAGCGAGGCCAUGAUGAAGAGGACCAGUACAGUCCCUCAUAUGGACAGAGUGAUAGAGAAAGCAUUGGGGAACAUUGUGCUCCACCAUCCAAGGCACACUGUGGCUGCAGAUGAUGUCUCAUCCUUGGCCUUGUGCCACCUUGUGAUUCUAUGGGUGAUUCCUGAGGACCCUUAGUGGGGAAUGUCUCUGGUCUGGGUUUCGUUGUGUUUGCAUCAGUUUUAUUGCAAGGUGCUCUAUGGCUCUGGAGAGAGCUGAGCAAAGCGUGAAGGACGUUCCCCAGAGCUGGCUGAAUGAAGGGCUAAUUCAUGUGAAGUUCUCACCUGAGCACAGCCCUGGUGUGUUGGACUCUGGGCAGAUGAGUUGCUUUCCCCACCUCACUAAGAGGGAUUCAGUUUUCAGCUCUAUGAAAAAGGAGGGAAUCAGAGCAAAAGAGAAAGGGAGGAAAAUACAGAACAGGGCAGGAGGAAAGGAAAACCAAAGAGGAGCCUGGAAAUGUCCCAGGGGCAGGUGGAGGCAGCAGGUGAGAGACACUCACUGCCAAGAGGGUGUUCAGUCCUGCCCUCCAGUGCCCCAGCCAGUGCCUCUGGGCUUGGGACCUGUGCCAAAGCCUCAUGGCACCCUGAAGCCACCCAGUGUCUCAGUUCCCAUUGUCCCUUCUGAGCAUCCCCCUGUGUUGAGGUGGCACAGCCAGAGCUGCUGAUGCCCAUCGUGGCAGGACAGGGGCUCUCCUCCCUGGGUGUGAAGCUCUCACAUCUCCCCCUAUACCUGCCCUUCUGCUCCAUAGGCUGCUAUGGCUUCACUGGGUGUUUGGGGGGGGCUCCCAUUUGAGUGGCUGCCCAAGAGCUCUGGCUGCCCUCUGGCCAAAAGGCUCCAGCUCAGUCUUUCUGCAACUUGCUGUAGGGUGUUGAGAUGGUGCUCAGCACUGCCCAUCUUGUCUAUGCCAGUGAGACGGCCACAACCUAUUCGUCCCUUUCCCUUUCACCUGAUAGCACAUUUGUCCUUCUAAAACAUAAUGCAGGUGGGCUCCUUCCUAGUGCAGUGCCAUGAGCAGGCCCAAGUCCCUCCUGAAUGUCUUCAUCAGCACUGCCAGGAAACCCAAUGUGUGGGAACCUGUUCUCCAGCCUGUGCAGGAGGGGUUUCACACACUUGUCCUUGAGCAAUCUCCUCCUCAUAUGGCUCUUACCAGCAGCCAGAACAGUCCACAAACUAAACCAGUCCUUCUGCACAUGUUGUCCCUCUGGUCUAUUGCAUACAGACCAGGCUGCGAGGUCCAACUGGGCCAACACAACCCUGGUCACCUCCAGCAAACUUGACCCCACUUUGGUUUGUGUCACCUCUGUGACUGUGUCACACAUCAGUGUUCUCAGUCUGAACCUGCUGACUUUGUGCUGCUCAUUGUUAAUGUCCUGCAGCAUCCUGCGACCACCUCCUGACAAUUCCUGGUGCUCUCCUUGCUUGGGGGAGGCUUCAGUGUGGACUGGAGGGAACCUUCUGUACAUCACAGGGGCAAAUUAAGCCACAGGGAACUCCCCUCUACUUUGCCAACCCUGUGUAACUGAGUGAGGUGCAGUUGUCCAGCCAGGAAUGCUAGGACAUCAUUGGCAGCAUCCAUCCUGGAGGUGGUGGGACAGAUGAGGCCACUCAUUCCCUGCUCUUACAGAAACUGUCCAGUGAUUGCUUUGCUUGGUCACUCUGCAGUCAUGGGUGUGGUGCAAUAUAAGUGUUUGCUUGGGUCCACACAGAACAAAGGCUCUAGAAGCCCUCCCCUCAAUGUCCUUGCCUUCCCCAGAAAGGGUGGGUAACUAGAACAGUUUGUUUGGUUGGACUGAGAGGGAGCUAAAGAAGAGCCCUUGAUUCAGAGCUUGCUCCUCUUAUUCAUCCCUACCUCCAGCCCACAAGACCCCAAAACCCAGACUUCAGCUGAGCAGUGCUUGGCCAGGCAGGAGAAUGGCUGGGGGCACAUGGGCAAGGUUUGUUCUGUGUUUGUGUGGCUGGUCAUGGAGAAGGAGACAGGCUUCUGUCCUGGUCAUACAAUACCAUUUGGCCUGUACUUUAACCCAUGGCAAAGGUGUGCAGCACACAGGAGCGACACUGUUUCAUGUGCAUUGAUUUCAAUCCAAACAAAUAAAUGUCUGUUGGAAGCU